GGGCAAACAAUUUUUGGUCUAUCCUUCAUCAACUAUUUUCGAAAAUUUCGUAAAAGUUACGAUGGAAAGAAGAUUGUUUAAUAUUAUGAGUUGUCUCUAUUUUCAGUUUGUGGAAUAACAUACGUUUUCCCAGUGAUUUUUAAGUUGUUAGUAUUAUACAAUCGAGGCUUGUAUUUAUAGAUAGGUAACAGACGUGUUCAACGGUUCUGCCUUUUUAUAUACAACUCUUACAAAAGAAUUCCUCGUAAAACGUUUAACAAAAAAGACUAUAACUAUUGUUGAAGCGAUGGACUAGGAUUUUUAUGAGCAAUGUUUUAUCCAAAUUUGGAAACAGAAGUGUCUUCUGCAUUAAUUUUCCCCGCAUAAUGAUGGUACAUCUGCUGGAUGCAUACACCAGUUGUAUUGUAAUGUUGCAUAUGUUACAGUACUAUGGACCAGUCAAAUCUGACAUAUGGGAGGAAAAAGAAAGGUACUGUAAAUGUUGGAGAUCAAAAGCAGAAUGUUUGACAAACAAUAGAUUGGUUCUAGAAAUUUCUUUGGAUAAUUGUACAUCCACAUGGUUAUGGGAAUCGAGACGUCAAUCUCAAACAACAGAUUUUCAAUACAACGUUUACCUUAAUGAGACUCUUAUUGAAAACAACAUAGUAACUUGUCACAGGAAAAAGGUUCCAUCUUGUAAGGUAUACUUACCCAAAAAGACCUGGAUAACCAUUACCGUUGCUCCUGUGUGUCGGUUUUUCCGUUGCCGCGCUGGAAGACGGAUUAUAGGUUGCUAUAACGAUGUAUCUUCAAACAAUCGGAAUGAACUGCUGGUUUCUCACACGAAUGAGAAGAAUGAGGAAAAUACACCAAAUGUAACAUUCAUUGUGUUGAUCAUUCCAACCGCUGUUUUUUUGGUUGCAGCAGUAGCUCUUGUCGCAAUUUGUUUUGGGAGGCGUAAGUUUUGUGCAGUGCAAGGAGCCGAUACAUCAUGCAAAGCAAUGAAAGAAAGCGGUUUCAAUGAACAUUUGGCAUUAACUACGAUCACACAAUUAGAUUCCUCAAUUCCUUCCGCAAUUGAUCAUGAACAUUCAAGUGAAACUGACACAGGCAGUUCUAACUAUUCAUCACACCAAGCUGCCGAUCAUAUUGGACAAUCUAGUCAUUUGAUAUAUUGUCGUAAUAAUAUGUGUCAACAAAGUACACAUGAGGACAAUUAUUAUAGGUCAUCACAAAAACAUGAGAAUACUAUUGUCUCUCCUACGUCGAAAUCCGAACAAGAAUUAAUUAAAAUUAACUUUUGUUAAAUCGAAACACAAUUUCGACUUUUAAUCCAAUAAUAAAGUAAUGAUAUUUAAAAUUAUAGCAUAGCAUACCAAGUCAUACUUUAAACAUUAAAACGAAACUUUUUUUCCUUUAAACAUACCAGAGUAUUACAUAUAUUUAUUUGGUAAACUGUCCUAUAUUUGAGGUUCAGUUUACAUAAAUGUCUUCUUCAAAAUAAAUUUGUUUUAAGCUUCAACAUAAUGUUGUAUGGUUUUUUUCAAAAUUCGUCAGAACUUGCAUAUGCCAUUGUAAUUGAAUAAAAGAGAGAUGAAAUUGAUCAUUCAUUUUAUUUUUCAAUUUGGGAGAUAGAAACAAAAGAUGUAAUAUUGGCAGAAAAUCUUGUGUUUGAGCAUUGGUAAAAAUUUGGGUUAAUCGUAACCUGUAAUCGUAAUCGAUAUAUUACAAAUAUGAUGAAAUAAAACCUAGUUUAAAUGAAAAUAGACAACUGCAUGUAUUUAUCGGUUUAUAGUACAGAUAUAUAUAUAUAUAUAGACAUUCUAUUUUAUCUGUACUAUAAAUUAAAAGUAUAUAUAUAUGACUUGAGAGUUCUGUCAAAUGACUUUUAUUCAGAUCUGUUGUCCAAAACUCCGUAAUGUUCAAUCAGAUUUCUUACAAUUUUUACUGUAUUUACAGCUUCUAAUGCCUGUAAAUACUUUUAAAAGCUUUUAUAUUAAAAAUAGGAAAAUAUAAAAUAUAAAUUUGACUCCAGUCUUAUCACCUGUAAUUAGGGAGAGUAUCCAAACAAAAAGGAUAAAUUCAUGCAUGUAAUUAUAAAUUAUGAAUUUUCAUCUCUAAAAUUAGCUGAACUAAUUAUUACUUUUUUAAUAUUUUUUAUUUCAACUUCCAACAUUGUAAUGAACUAUAUUCAAAUAAACAUGUUAAUAAUGAGUAAAAACAAACAACAAAACUUUAAUCAGUAUGACAGCAAAAAAUAUGGAGCAAACGGCCUAAAAUAUAAAAUAGUGAUUGAUGCAAUGAUCGAUUAUUAAUCGAUUAUAUUUGUCAGUAAUCGUGCCCAUCCCUGUAUAAAAAUUACAAUCCGGUAUGAGGUUUUGUCAGUAGGAAUAAUAAUGACACACAUUUCAUUAAUGUUGUCUCAAAUGAGUAGUGUAUAAAAAGUAAAACAACAAAAAUAUCGAACUUCAAGGAAAAUUAAAAACGGAAAGUCCUUUAUCAAAUGCAAAAUCAAAAGCUCAAAUUGUCCAAUACUUUCACUUUGUAAAAUAAUACAAAAUACGAUACAAUAGUAUUUGAAAAUUAUGUAUACAUUUGGGCAUUUAUAAUUUUUUAACAAACAACUGUUUGUAUUCCAUUAUUCCAGAUUUAAGGAUCUAUUGAUAAGAUUAAUAUUCCCUAUCCACUGCAUGUUUAUGUCCCAAGCCAGAAGGCUCGUUGACGAUUAUCUGUAGUUGUAUCGUACAGUUUUGUUUUUGUUUUUUGAUCUUUGAUGGAUUUUGUAUCCCUUGUUGACUAAAGCAAUGUGUUGAUCAUGUCUUUUGAUUGCUGUCUCGUGGGUGUGUACCUCACAUCUAUUUGUGUUCAUACUGAUACGUCUGUAAUAUAAAUGUAAUGUAUUAUAAUAUGAAAUCGUUUAUCUCUAUCUUCAUAUAUGUUUGUGAGCUGUAUUUUAUAAAUAUCGCCUAUAAAAACUUAAAAGUAAGUAUUGAAAGAAGUAGUGGAUAACUUUUGUGCACACGAUACUUUCAUUUUGUAUAAGUUCAUUUAAUCUGCCAUUUAUAUAGCUUAAAGACACAUCAAGGGUCUAGACGAGGAAUUAUAUGACUGUUUGCAUUAAAGAGAGGUUAAAAUGUUUAUCGCAUUAACCAAGUUUCUGGUUUAGCGGUAUACUACUGUUGCCUUUAUUAUUGAUAAUUGAAAGUUUAUAUCCAUUAUAAUAGAGUUUUAGAGAGUACAUAUCCAUCAUAAUAGGGUUUUAGAAUAUUUACAGAAAGAUAAAAGCAUAUCUUCCUAUAAAUAUAAUAUAACUCUAUUAUAAUUAAUAUAUAGUUUUAACUAUGGACUACAGCUGUAUCGUAUGGGUAAUGCUGCUAAAACUAAUAUUGACAAAUCAAACAAGUAAUAAAAUAAUUGUGAAUGCAAGUGUUGAUGCUUUUUCGUCUGCUUUAAAAGUUCAAAAUGUUAAGACGGCAUACUAUUUAUAAUAGAAUUAAGUAUGUUAUUACAGUGAUGAUAUAUAAGUGCAUUAAUUAUCUAGCAUCUGCAUGUUUGUCUGAACUUUUUUUUCAAGUUGUUCAAGUAAUAAUAACUAUGCAUGAAUAUCCUCUUCACAAAAUGAUAUAUUUGUUAACGAUAUGAAACCAAUUAUGGUAAAAUAACCUUUUUGUUUUUUAAUCUUGUUGUGAAACUCUCAGUCUUAAACUCUGAAAUAAACUAAAAGUGUAAAUGUGUUUAAAGCAAAUUGGCAAAGAUGAGAAUUUUUAAAAUUAUCUUAUAAUGUGACCCUUUAACUAUAAAUAUUCCUCAUUCAAGUCAAUGGCAUUUGUCUACUUGUACUAUAUAGGUGCUCUUGUAUACAGUGUAUUAAUAUGUUUUGCUUAUCUACUUUUUGUUAUGUUUUUGUAGUUACCUUCUGAAAAUAAAGAAUUUAUUACAA